CGAAGCCAUUACUAGCACAUGGCUAUUGGCUAAUUGUUCAUCCCGAGCCGUGUCGUAUACAUAAACAUACAGAAUAGUGUACUCACCAGAAAGUGGAAAAUGGCAUCACAUUGAGCUUUCUAGGAGGUGAUGACAAUAGCUUGAAAAUUGAAAUAACGCAUCGACAGCAAAUUAUGGAACUUGAUUUAGUGAUCCAUAGGUCCAACAUGAUAACCUUGCCACAUAGUACCGUAGGAAUAAGUAAGAAAACCAAGAGAGAACUGAGCUUUCACGGGUAUUUCGAAUAUAAGUUUAUGGGUUUUUCUUGUAUUUCGGCCUUUUCCGGCUCUGUCAAUCUAUCCAAGUAAAUGAGUACAAAAUGGGUCUUCAAGUUCAUCAAUUAUGAUCUUUUUGCAGCAUUUUUUGAUAAAUUCAAGGUAACCUCGAUCUAAUAUCAAGGCAUCCAGAUGAUCGUAAGAAAACAAAGCUAGUGGAAAUGGCACGUCAGGUACACCUAUCAGAAUCCGAACGAACGAGUUGAUUCAAAUGCCGGCUUCUCCAAUAAUAAAGAUAUCAAAGAUUCACGUCUGUUCCAUCCGGCUGGGGCUAGAUGGAGACAUCCAUGUAAUUCCCACGCAGGUAAUCAGGAAAAAAGAAACAGAGAAUCUUCGCAUGACCAGGUAAGCCGAAGAUGACUUCAGCACAAGAAGGCCUGUUUUGUUAAAGGGUCCCUUCAAAGGUUGAAGUGAAUCUUAUGAUCAAACCAACGACAUGGCAGAGGAGGUGAAACUGUUCGAGACAUGGUCGAGCCCAUUCGCUUUGAGGGUCGUUUGGGCACUGCAUCUCAAAGGCAUUCAAUACGAAUCCGUCCUGGAAGAUCUCUCCAACAAAAGUGACCUUCUUUUACAGUAUAACCCGGUUCAUAAGAAGGUACCAGUGCUUCUCCACAACGGUAGACCGAUCUCAGAGUCCCUGAUAAUUCUUGAGCACAUCGACGAGACAUGGAAGCAACACCCGCUUCUCCCACAGGAUCCUUAUGCGAGGGCCAUGGCGCGAUUUUGGGCCAAAUUUGGUGAUGACAAGGUUGUGCCAUCAAUGUGGACUGCUUUUAUAAGUGAAGGCAAAAAGCAAGAAGCAGCUCUUGCAGAUGCAACUGAGCACCUGCAGAAGCUGGAGGAACAGCUCAGAGGGAAGAAAUUCUUCAGCGGAGACAACAUCGGAUAUCUGGAUAUCGCACUUGGAUGGUUGGCCAAUCUACUUGGGGUCUUUGACGAGAUAUCCAGCCUCAAAGCGGUUGAUGGUGAGAGGUUUCCGCUUCUAUCUGCAUGGUUCAAAGAGUUCUCAGAUGCUCCAGUAAUCAAAGAUUGUCGGCCACCCCAUGACAAGCUCAUCUCCGGGUUCAUUGCUCUUUGUCAAUAUUUUCGCGCAAAAUCGUCAUCGACUUGACAUGUUUUCUUUUGUCAAAGGGUGUUAAGGCUCAUGCAACUGUCAAUUUCAUCUUCAUAUUCCAGAAUAAUAUGCUGCACUUUUUUACUAAUCUUUUGAAUCAGUUUUCCCCUCAACGAUGAAAUAGUUUGCUAU